AUUUCAGAUAGAAAUAUGGAUUUCGACUCCUUGGAAAUGCGGCUGCUGGACGAGUCCACCCCAGCCCCUAUGAGAUCACAGAACAUCUACAGAGACCUUCUGAACUGCUUAAAGUCGAACAACUUCGAAACCUUUAAAAAACGUUUCGAGAACAGCUUGAAGGACAAGUCAUCCAGCAUCGACGUAAACUACGUUCACCAAGAUUCAUUUGAGGGAACCUUUCUGGACAUCGCCUGCAAGAAUGGCUUAUCAACGUUCGUAGAGUUCCUGAUAAAAAAUGGAGCACAAGUGAACAGAAUCAACACGGUCCACAAACGAGGACCAAUUCAUUUCGCCGUGGAGAAUGGACACGCGAAAGUCCUCGAAGCUCUCCUGCAAAAUCCCAAGACAGACCGAAACUUGCAAGUUGAUCAGCAAACCGCCCUGCACAUGGCUGUGAAAAAUAAUGACGAGAAGUGCGCGAAACUGCUACUGGAAAAUUUGGCGAGUCCCAACAUACCUAACAUGAAGGGUCUGACAGCGAUUCACAUGGCGGCUAAUAAUGACCAGAAGAAAAUGGUCAAACUGAUUUUGGAAGUAUCCAAGUACAUCGUCAAUUUGGACAAGUACAGGGACUACACCAACCAAACGGCUAGAGACAUUCUACGGAAGAAAUACUCCGACAUCGAUCUUCCUCUUCCCUCCUAUUUCGGAAAAACUAAUAUCCACGAUCUCAAGUACAGCCUGAACAAUAACGACGAGGCCAUCUUCUUGUCGGGUCUGGAGAUUUUAGAGAACGACAACAUAGAGAACGACAACAUGAAAGAACUGAUAGAGAUGGCCGUCAACCAGAAUUUACAAGAGGCGGUCUCCGCGCUGUUGAAGAGAGUGAAAGAGGGUAACGUCAAUUGCGACUUGAAAAACGCUGCUCUAUUAGCGAUUCGAAAAGGCUCUUCCGAUCUUCUUGAUCACAUAUUGAACGCUAGUUGCGGGGUGGAUAUGAACGAGUUGUUAUUGAACGCCUGCCUUGAAUUGGGUAUUCCAGGUAAAGGAGAUUCGAAAGAUAUGUCUAAUCAGUUGAAAUGUGUGAAACUGAUCCUGAAGAACAACGUUGAUGUUAAAUAUACAGAUGGGAAAGGAAACACUCCUCUACAUUACGCAGCAAGGGCAGACUGUCGCGAAGCUGUAACAUUGUUACUCGAAAAAGGAAGCUACAUAGGUUACCCGAAUAAUUUCGGUGUGGCGCCUAUUGCCGACAUCUCCGCGUCCACCUUGUCUCGGUUCUUGGACGAUUGCAUACAGACCAAAAAAGAUGAAUCGCAGAAAUAUAUGAUCGAAUUCGAUUACAAGUUCUUGAACCCCUACAACUCGGAAAAUGACACUCGCCUGAAACGAGAAAUGGACGUUUUCCAAUUCAUAGCUGACAACAGCAGUUUGAAACACUUGCUCAACCAUCCGCUUCUAUCUUCGUUUCUCUACCUGAAAUGGUACAGCAUUAGACACGUAUUUUGGGUAAACAUCGGCUUCUACGUUCUUGUUUAUUUCUUAUUGAACGCGUACAUUUACAUCGCGAUGGGCCAAGCCACCAAGACAUCUCAGUAUGAAGAAUCCGUGAAAAUUCUGCGAAUCACCACGUUUGUCGCCAUGAAUUGCCUCGCCUUCAAAGAAAUCUUACAGUUGAUUUUGGCACCGUGUCACUACGUAACUAGUUUCCCAAACUGGAUGAAAAUGGUGCUGGUAUUCCUGUAUUAUGCUAUAAUUCUAGGUGCAGGCGUUGAAGUUGCCGCUGUGACGAUAUUGUUGUCCGCCUGGCAAAUAGUACUCUUGAUCGGUCAACAUCCACUGAUGUCGACUGGUAUCGAGAUGUUCAAAACGGUGUUUCUAAAGUUUAUGCGUUUUCUGCUCAUCUACGCCUUCUUGAUCCUGGCCUUUGCCUUUGCUUUCUAUAUGCUCUUCAAGAACAGCGACAACGAUAAAUUUCCAGAUCUGGGCCAGUCGUUGUUCAAGACCAUCAUCAUGUUCACGGGAGAAUUCAAUGCGAACGAAAUACCUUUUGUCACAUAUCCGAUUCUAAGUCAUAUCGUGUUCAUACUAUUCGUUUUUCUCAUCGCCAUUGUAUUGUUGAACCUGCUGAACGGUCUGGCCGUCAACGACACAGCAGACAUUCUCAAUAAGGCGGAACUGAUCGGGUUGAUCUCCAGGAUAAAGCUACUCGUAUACAUCGAGAAGCUGGCUGUUCAAGCUCCUUUUAUCCAGGAUGAACACUGCUUGUUCGGCAAUAAAUCGCACUGCUGCUGGACCUGCCUGUCGCCCACAUGUCUCAUCAAAAGGCUAUUUCUUUUUCCAAAUUUGUUGAAAAAUGAUUCGCUAAGUGUUCCGUUCGAUGAGGAUAAAGUAUCGCCCACCGUAAACAUGGAUCGUCAUAUUAUAAAACAAACUAAACAAAUUUUGUCGCAGAGAAGCCAAGAGUCGGAUAAUGAAAAAAUCAUCAACGAGAUGAGGAAAAUUAAAGACAGAUUGAGUUCGAUUGAAUAUAAUUUGAAUUACCUCAAGUGAUAUAUUGAGAAUAAUCAUUUUAAUCAUAAAAAGAUAUAAUGAAAACUGACAGGUUAUUUUGUUUUCUUGUUUCUGUUAUACAAGUUGAAUACACCAACAAUUCUCAUUAGUUGUCGCAGGCGACAAGAAUGACGGCUUGGUGUUUUCAAAUUGCCAUAGAUAGGUAAUAAUUAUAAAAAAUAUAGAUAUCGCAUUGCUUCGUAUCGCAAGGUUUCUAUUAAACUUACAAUUAAUAAGUGCCUUACUUAUAUAAAUACGUAUCGCUUAAAAUUUGCGUAAACAUAAUAUUUGAACAUUUUUUU